UCAGCUUUCAGGCCGAGCGUCUAUGCCUCAGGACGGGAAGACGCUUAGGAUGGAUACCCCACCCCCCGACGAGCCCCUAGGGAAGCAAAACGAAAAUCUGCAAAGCCAGGAUGAGGAACUGGGGUUUAAGGAAAUGGACGGUCUGAGAGAAGCUUUGGCCAACCUUAGGGGACUGUCUGAGGAAGAGAAGGGCGAGAAGGCAAUGCUCCGCUCCCGCAUCCAAGAGCAGUCCCAGCUCAUCUGCAUCCUGAAACGCAGAUCCGAUGAGGCUCUGGAACGCUGCCAGAUCCUGGAACUGCUCAACACUGAGCUGGAGGAGAAGAGGAUGCAGGAGAUAGAGAAGAUGAAGGUCCAGAGUGAGCACGUUCAAAAGCUGGAGGGUCGCUUUAUGACCCUCGCAGCCAACCACGAGCUGAUGAUUCGCUUCAAGGACGAGCACAAGAAUGAAAACAUCAGACUGAAGGAGGAGAACGAGAAGCUGAAGCGGGAGAAUAGCAGCCUCUUCAGUAAGGCUCUGAAAGACCAGGAGGCCAAGGUACUGCAGCUUACCGCACACAACAAGGCCUUGGCGGAGGAACUGCAGGUCUUGAAACAGAGAUGUGCUCACGAUGCCAGCCAGGCUCAGGCCCGAGAGAAGGAGCUGCUGGGUCUGCAGAACCAGCAGGCCUGUGCCCAUGCCGAGGAGAGAGAGCAGCUGCUCAGCCAGCUGCAGAGCCUCAAGCAGCAACACCGGCAGGCCACCGAACAGAUGGCGAAGGACCAGGAGGCUCACAGCAGCCUGAGCCAGGAGCUGCAGGCUAGGCUGCAGACUGUCACGCGCGAGAAAGAGGAGCUGCUGCAGCUGUCCAUGGAGAGGGGCAAGGUUCUCCAGAACAAGCAAGCGGAGAUCCGCCAGCUUGAGGAGAAGCUGGAGACGGCAGCCAUGGCCAAGAAGCAUGCACUCGAACGCUUCGAGCAGGAGGCGGUGGCCGUUGACAGUAACUUGAGGGUUCGAGAGCUUCAGCGCAAGGUAGACGGGAUCCAAAAAGCUUAUGACGAGCUCCGUCUCCAAUCAGAAGCCUUCAAAAAGCACAGCCUGGAUCUUUUAAGCAAGGAGAGAGAACUUAACGCCAAACUCCGCCAUCUCUUCCCAUAAGGGAAAUUCUGCCUCCCGUUGCCUGGGGUUAAUACUUCAGAUAUUGUGCCGUAGCUUUAUGGCAAAAGCAAAUAUAAUUCAUUUACUAUACUUUUAAGUACAAAACCACUUUACUAUGACACUGUUGUUGUUGCUGUUGUAAAAUUAUUAUUAAUGUUCAGUUCGACCACCUAGAAUACAUUUAAGAUUAACCAGAG